ACACACAAAAUACUCACACGAAACACUUUAAAAUUUUUCUUAAAAAACACACAUUUUAAACACCAGGACUCCGAAAGACAGGAUCAAGAUGCAGCGGCAAUCAAGAGAACCUACUCCUAUUCGGAACACUGACAACGAAUUCGAUUUGGACGAACUUGCCAAUACUCUCGAUGCCUUAGGCAAUUGCCAAAAUGUAGACCUCGCCAAUAUGGACACAAUCAUUCGAGCGAUAAUUACUCCAAAGCCUGAAGUCUUCAAAAAAGUGGAAGAGGACUCUGUGCAGGAUUACGAGACCUUUGGGGAGGAAGGGGACCUGGACCUACCGUGGGAGGAAAUGAUAUGCGAGGAUAGGGACACUGAUGAGGACGAAAGUGUUAAAAAAACGGUCAAGAAUCUGGAUAAAAUUUUGGAACGCAUACAAAUUCUGCAAACUGAAAUAUUAAUUCAGAAAAAAAAGGAAAUUCAAACAGAAUCGGAAACGGAAAUGGAAACGGGGGAGGAAAGGGAACCAGAACCUAAAUUAGAUCCCAUAUCCUGUGAGCUAGGUCUCUCGGCAGAACAAUCCGAAAUUCUUUGUCUGAAACGAGCCCAACAUCGUCUGCAAUGCGAAAUCGAUCAAUUGAUUUGUUGUUAUCGAAAUAUGAGAUCGAUUUUACACGAAAUCGGCAGGAAACUAUCGGGCGUGGAGUGUCAGAUCCUAAAGAUGCGUCAUUUGAACAAAAAACACAAGAAAUGGAUGGCCGAGACGGCCAAUGAUCUGGAAGAUUGCCAAACUCUUCAUCAGUCCUUGGCCACCGCCAAGUUAUCGAAACAAAUGUGCUAUUUGGUUGGUAAAAACAACAUGGCCUGUGGCAUUCGAUACAGUCAUCGAUAUCUCCGAAAGUCCUUGCUGCGCCGCCAUCUUGAUGACUUUAACUUUGAAAUCUCGGAUGCGAAAAUGUUUGCUCUCGAUAUAGUGGCCGAAAUCGAUCGCAGGUUGGCCAAUAUCAGGGAGAAGGCCGAGAUGAGACCCAUUCUUAACGAUUGUAAGUGCGCGUCACAGUGCCCGAAACGGGACCCGAGCUCCAAGGAUGUUAAAGGAUAUUGAUGGUCAAGUCUGGUGUCGCAAGGACGUAUUGCUUAUUAUUUAAAACUCACUUAAAUAAAUGUUACAAAAUAAAAUUAAUUAAAA